AUGUCAAAUAACAAAAAUAUCGCAAUUUUUGUGAUCAUUCCUACCAUUAUUUUUAGCGCUUCAGCACUUCCGACAGACACGAAAUCGGAAAAGUCGGAGAAAAUAGGACCAUGCGUGAACGGUCUCUGUCCUGUUGAAUAUGAAUGCAUAAGUAACGAUUGCAUCAAAACUCAAACUUUUAAGAAUUUUACAAAAGGACAAAGUGUUGGCCCAUGCAUCAACGGCUUGUGCCCCGGACACCACACAUGUUACGAUGACUUUUGUUACAAUAAGGACGGGCUAGUCGACACAUCAUAA